AUGGCUCUUCUGCGCCACCUAUUGCCCGUCUUAACGGUGGGCUCUGCGGUGCAGUCGGCGGUCCUCGUGCAGGACCAGUUCCAGACCAGAUGUGAGAACUUUGCUGGCAAAAUCGAUCUUCCAAAUGUUAAGGUGAACUUCGCCAGCUACAUCCCAGGCAGCACGAACCUGACAUUGGACAACGUCCCAACGUGCGAUCAAUCUCAAGUUGUCUCGUCGGAUAUAUGCCGAGUUGCGAUGGCUGUUACGACAUCUAACGCGAGCGAGAUUACACUUGAAGCGUGGUUCCCGCGAGACUAUACCGGCCGUUUCUUGAGUACCGGCAAUGGAGGACUUGGUGGCUGCAUCCAGUACUCCGACCUUGACUAUGCCUCCCGUUUGGGAUUCGCGACCGUUGGCGCAAACAAUGGACAUAAUGGGACAUCUGGAGAGCCUUUUUACAAAGCUCCUGAAGUACUGGAAGAUUUCGUCUACCGAUCUGUCCACACGGGAAUCGUCGUCGGGAAGCAGCUCACAAAGCUCUUCUACGAUGAAGGCUUCGACACAUCCUACUACUUGGGUUGCUCUACUGGAGGGCGACAAGGUUUUAAGCUUGCGCAGGAUUUCCCAGGCGAGGUUGACGGCAUCAUUGCAGGUGCACCAGCAAUCAACUUUGUUGGGCUGCUAUCUUGGAGUGCGCACUUCUACCCCAUUACCGGGCCCGUUGGAUCAGCUACAUAUCUAUCACUUGAUGAUUGGGAUUUGGUCCAUGAGGAGAUUCUUCGUCAGUGUGAUGGCCUAGAUGGAGCGGAAGACGGGAUCAUUGAGGACCCGGACCUCUGCCAUCCAAACGCCACAACCCUUCUUUGCAGUCCUGGUGCGACAUCAGGCUCCUGUCUCACCGCAACUCAGGUCAACACAGUCCACGAAGUGUACGCGCCGCUCCUCAGCUCCAACAGCACCCUCAUUUACCCUCGUAUGCAACCCGGUGGGGAGCAAUUCGCGGCACCUGCCAUGUACAAUGGCCAACCCUUCCAGUACAGCAAAGACUGGUGGCGCUACGUCGUCUACAGCGACCCAACCUGGAACGCGACCAAAUGGACCAUCAGGGACGCCGAGGCAGCCCUGCGCCAAAAUCCAUACAACAUCCAGACUUGGAACGCAGAUCUCUCGCCGCUCCGUGAUUCAGGCAGCAAGCUCCUCACCUAUCACGGCCUUCAAGAUCAACUGAUCAGCUCAGACGAUUCCAAGCUCUACUACCACCGUCUGAUGAAGACCAUGGGCGUCACCUCCAAUCAGCUCGAUGAGUUCUAUCGGUUCUUCCAGAUCAGCGGGAUGGCGCAUUGCCAGGAUGGUGACGGGGCUUACGGUAUUGGGAACCGGGCUGAGACGGAGUUCAGUACCGAACCUGAGGAUAAUGUGCUUAUGGCGAUGGUGCGGUGGGUGGAAGAGGGCAUUGCUCCAGAGACCGUUCGCGGAGCCAAGUUCUCUGACGGCGUUGGGUCGGAGGUAGAGUACUACCGCAAGCACUGCCGGUACCCUCGCAGGAAUGUGUAUAAGGGGCCCGGCGACUACACUGAUGAGACCGCUUGGGAGUGCGUCUGA